AUGUCUAGGGGGGUGGACGAGCUGGCGCGGGUGGUGGGGGAAGCGAUAUCGAAGAAAGACUAUAUCCUGUCUUUGGCUUUGGGCGACCUCGUCGUCUUGUUAACAUCAGUACCCUUCACUUCAAUCGUUUACACGUACGAGUCUUGGCCAUGGGGUGAAAUCAUCUGCAAAAUAUCUGAAACAGCUCAAGAUGUUUCAAUCGGUGUUUCAGUUUUUACAUUAACAGCCCUUUCAGCGGAUAGAUUUUUCGCAAUCGUCGAUCCCAUGAAGAAAUUUCACAACAGUGGGAGUGUAAAAGGAGCGACCAGUUUCACCUUCGGAGUGGCAAUUUCAAUUUGGAUUUUGGCAAUAAUUUUGGCGAUUCCUUCCGCAAUCGGUUCGCAUCUCGUAGAUUUCGAAGGCCGCAUCAUAUUCACCGUUUGCUAUCCAUUCCCGAAAAACUGGCUCAACAAUAAAUACCCACAAGUAAACGUCAUGCUGAAAUUUUUAAUACUUUACGUAAUCCCGCUGACGAUUAUUGCCGUUUUCUAUUUGAACAUGGCAAAUUACCUCAUCGUGAGCACAAGAAACGUUCCCGGGGAAAUUCAAGGAACACAAAGACAGAUUCGUGCCAGGAAAAAGGUGGCGAUAACCGUACUGAUAUUCGUCUUCGUUUUCGCCAUCUGCCUGCUGCCAUAUCACGCCUUCAUGCUCUUCUUUUACUUCUAUCCUAGCGCGGACAACGUCUACAACGAUUUCUGGCAUUAUUUCCGAAUUCUCGGAUUCUGUUUGCGUUAUCUUAACUCUUGCGCCAAUCCUAUUGCGCUUUAUUGGGUUAGCGGCGCGUUUAGAAAGCAUUUUAACAGAUAUCUUCUUUGUAUAAAACCGAAAAGGGUAAGAUGCGAUACGUGUCAAGGUAAUCGCGCGACGUCGAUGUCGAUGGCAUCUUCAAAACGGCACCAAUCUUUUUGUGUUAAAAGACACCAAGGGCGUCAAGUGUCGAUUAACCGCAAGAAUAACGAGCACAUUUUGGGCCAAGAAACAUCGAUUACACUACUAGGGAAUGAUUUCAGUUCAAAAUAAAUAAGAAAAAAGGGGAUAAUACAACGCUUAUUACAUUACACAAUAAUUUACAUUAAUAAUGUUUUUUUUUUUUAAUUAAAACUAAAAUCUAAUCAAAAGAAAACUUGCCCGGAAUUCAAGAAAAAAAAUUUAAUUAAAACUCGGAGUUAUUUUCGUUGUAAAAUAGAAAAUGAGGUGGAAAAUUCGUUCGUGCGUAUGUUGUAUGUACAUUUUGAAUAUUUACACAAAUAAUAACCGAAAACCUUUCUUGUUGUCAUUGUAUAUGUAUGUACACGUAACGUAAUAAUAAUAAUAAUAGAUUCAGGGCGCGAAAUGAAUCCCAUUCUGUUUGUUAGCCCCGAACAAACCAACUU